CAUACCCCGAGGGAAUACUAUCAUUGCAUUUUUAUAGCACAAAAAUGGCACUUUCCAAGAUAUUAGACUUCAUGAAAUGUUCAGAUGGAAUGGAGGAUUAUGAUUCAGUGAUAUGUGAUAAUUGUGAAACAAAUCCUGCGAUAAAGAGAUGCUCCAAUUGUACAUCAACAUUCUGUGAAAAAUGCAAACAAGCACACGACAAGAUGAAAGUGAACAAAACGCAUAAAUGGAUUGAAGUUGAUGAAAUACCGAAUAAUGUAGCUCCAAUACAAAGCAAUCCUGCAUUUGAACCUGAAGAAGUAAAGAAAAAAGAUCCCAAGCUCAACUGUGAUAAACACAAAGAUCACACAAUAAAAUACUUUUGUGUUGAUGAUGAAGAGGCAAUAUGUGAAGCAUGCUGCAACACUGACCAUAGCUUACACAAGAAGAUUACAAUUGAGGAACAAUCACUGACAGCCAAGAAAAUGGCUGAUGAGCUGAAUAAUUCUGGAAAAGCAAGAAUCAAGGCAUUGGACAAAAGCAUCUGCAACUUAAAGCAGCAUAAAGCUGAAGUCCAGAAUGAGCAGUUUAAGGUGAAUAGCACUCUGAAAGAUGACAAUCCAGUGGAUAUUGUCAGGCUUAUCCCACAUAUGGAAGAAUUGUUGGAGGAGUGGGCAGACAACAGUGCCAUAGUAAAGGCUGGAUGUUUCGGAGUGUACGACUAUGUACAAGUAAUUCCAAAUGAAAAUGAUAAUACAGGUGAACUGUAUAUGGAUAUGAAAAAAGGCAUGAAGUAUGUGAAAAUGUCUAAACCAUCUAGCAAAAGACACCUUAAACCUGAUGGCACAAGUGCUAAAGAACAGACAAAAACAAACGAGGACAUAAAAGUAUGUGAUGAAUCUGGUCAUGAACCACAACUGUAUGCAAAUGUCUCUAUACCAACUAGCCCACCUUCUAAGGACACAAAAGAUGAUGAGCAGGUAAUGAAAACACCAAAGCCAACACCACGAGAAUCCCCUAAUAAGCCACAAAACCAACAAGAUGAUCCUGUACCUUUAGAUAAGGAAGUAAGCGACGGAGUAAGGGAAUGUGAAGCUAAUUAAUAACAAUUCUGGUAAAUAGCCAACUGACACUUCAGAUAUGUAUGAAAUUGAAUCAUUGGGUGAAUAUGCUAUGAAAAUAUGGAAAUUCAGUGUGCGAUAUGAAGUGAUCAAAUGAGAGGCAUAUUUUGAUAAUAAAAUUAUAUCAAUGCUAAAAUAUUAUUCAAAACACAUUAAGUUAAAAUUUCGAAAGAUAAAACUACAUAUACAUUUAUUAUUCAUUGCCAAUCAUUGGUAAUCAAAAUUGGGUCUUUUUAACUGUUAUUGUCAAGGGUUACUAAAGACUAAAAAUGCACCAAUUUAGACUAGAAUGUGUAUUCUCUGGUUUUGGACAAUAAUAAUGUGUUACAUUUUGGAGCAUUUCUGGGGACUUUAACAAAAUGCUAGUACCAGUCCUAUUACUUUUGGGACACCCUGUAUUCAUAUUCUCAGAAACCUACUAGUAUAUGGUUCUUUAAGUUAUAAUUCUAAGAAAUAUUUAAUUGUACAUAAAAUGUUAUGUAUGGCCAAAGCGCCAAAUACGUGAUCGCGACAAUAUGAUCUACUGCAAAUAAAUGUUGCUAUUUAUGACUUGUAUAUAAACACACUCUCUAUUUCAAGUGUUUUUGAAGCUGACAUUGUCAGAAGUGAGUUGUAAAACCAUCAGAUCAAAACCACUGUUUUAGAAGAAACGAGGUCAUUCUGACUCCAAUGUACUUGACAUGUUCAAUUGAGCACAUUGAGGUAAAUAUUUUGAAUUCCGAGGAGCACAAAUCUAAUGCCUUGGUCACAUUUGCUCCGAUUUUCACAAAGGCGCCCGGCCGAUUGAGUAUUUUGUUCAAAAUUGAAUACAAUGUCGAAAAAACACUCAAUCGGCUGGGCGCCGGGUGAUGGAUCGGAGCAAAUGUGACCCAGGCAUAAAUGUCAACAAUAUCAUUGCUGUACACAUUCAUGGUUUCAAUAUUCUUCGGUCAUUUCAGGCAUAAUGUUUGACCAAAACAAAACAGAAUUAACUUGGUAAAUUGUGUAACAUUAAUUGAAUUGAGCCAAUCUCUUACCUUGUUAGAUUCCUCAUCUCUUUCUCAGCCCAAGUGCGAACCAUCUUCCUUGGGUUGUGUUUACAGUAACCAUGUCUGAACCUGAACUCUCCAGUCACGUACUUAUCUCUGUCCUUGAACACCAUGAUGGACGUCUUGUACACCUACAAGAAUGGUAAACACUUUGGAUGGCAUAGCCUAUAUACAUGUAAAUAAAAUAAUAUGGAA